AUGGAGCCGGCGGCACAGAACAGAUCCGAAGCGGUAGAGGGACAGAGAGACGUACCUGCCGCAAACCGGGACGCAAAUCCAAGAGUGGGGGAAAUUUCAUAUUCCCGCCGACCUGCACCAGGGGGUGCACUACUGAGUGGCCCGACAUCAAGGUCAGCCCGUGCGGACGAGCGUGUUAGGUCUGGAGUUAGGCAGCUCAGGUUUGCUGAUCGGGUUAGGAGGCCGCCGGAACGCGAAGCACGGACGGAGACCGACUUGGCAAGUGUAGCAGAUGAAGGCGAGGAGGGUGUAGAAGAUCCACAGCUGCCAAGUCAGGUCGAACAUGCAGAGGAGCAGUGGAGGAAGGCGGCUGAUGAUAAGCGGAUGGCCGAAGCAGAAGACAAGAGGAGACGGGCUGAAGAGAGGCAACGGCGCCGUGAUGGCGACACCGAUCCUAUCGUCUCUUUCCCGGGAACAGGAGACAUACGUGAAGCAUGGGAGCGUGGGGCACGAGCCGCUGCAAGGGCACACGUGGGAGUGGCAGGAGAGGAGCUCGCCAGCAAUGUGCGGCAGCAUAUCGAGGAGGAUAGGGGAUACGUGAAAGUUCGCUUGCCCAGCGUAAAGCGGAAGGCGGCUGAAGAGGCCCGGAGAGGGGACGUCGACGUGCCAGAGAAUUCGGGAGAGGCGAAAAAGAAGGCGCAGAGCAACGCGGGUGCAAAGGCUCAUACGAUGGCGGAGGUAGAGGCGCACCAGAAAGCAGAGGAUGCGGCCCAUCGGUUCGUCGAUGCAGAGGCGGCACUUACGGCAGAGGACGGGGCGCCAAAGGAAGCAGAGGCUGCGGCGCAGCAGAAGGUGGGUGCAGAGGCGGUCAAGAGUGCGGAGGCAGUCGCGCGUAAAGAAGCGGGUGCAGCAGCAGAGCUGACGUCGGAGGCAGUCGAGCUGCAGGUGGUGGAGGCAGUGGCGCAGAAGGAAUCAGAGGCAACGGCGAGCCAGAAGGAUGAGGCAGCGGUGCAGCAGAAUGAUGAGGCAGACGCACAUAAGGAAUCAGCGGCAGCAGCGCAGCAGAAGGAUGAGGGUGCGGCACCCAGGAUGGUUGAGGCAGAGGCGCAGAAGGAAUCAGAGGCAGCGGCGCAGCAGAAGGAGGAGGGUGCGGCGCCGAAGAUGGUUGAGGCAGAGGCGCAGAAGGAAUCAGAGGCAGCGGCGCAGCAGAAGGAGGAGGGUGCGGCGCCGAAGAUGGUUGAGGCAGAGGCGCACAAGGAAUCAGAGGCAGCGGCGCAGCAGAAGGAGGAGGGUGCGGCGCCGAAGAUGGUUGAGGCAGAGGCGCACAAGGAAUCAGAGGCAGCGGCGAGCCAGAAGGAUAAGGCAGCGGCGCUGCAUAUGGAGGAGGCAGACGCACAUAAGGAAGGAGAGGCGCGGAAUAAGGCAGAAGCAGCGGCGCGGCAGAAGGCGGAGGCAGAGGAGCAGAAACAGGCUGCGGAAGAGGCGCUACAACUGGCUCGGGCAGAAGCGCGGAAGAAGGCUGUUGUAGAGGCGCGGCAGAAGGCGGAGGGUGAGGCGCAGAAGAUGGCAGAGGCCGAGGAGCAGAAGCAGGCUGAGGCAGACGCACGUAGGAAGCCAGAUGGAGAGGAGGGUUCAGAUGGGAAUAAAAUGAUACAGACAGAGGGACGGGAGACGGCGGGUGCUGAGGGGCACAUCAUCGCAGAGGAAGAGGGGCAGCAUGACGAGGAGGCAGCGUCGCAGGUAUUCGCAUACCGAGAGACGCAGAGCAUGGCAGAGACAGAGCGUCAAAAUACUAUGGAGGAGGUUCGUGUGGUCCCGGAGGCUGGAGUGGGGCACUACGAGGGAGAUGCGCUGGAAACAGAAGAGGAGCAGAAUGAGGAGGAUACGGUACAUCUGGCAGUCCGGAUAUUUUUGGGAGGAAGUCCGACGCGGGGACCAAGAACCGGGGUAGAGGGGCCAUGGAGGGUGGCAGACGAUGGGGCGCCUAGGGAUACAGUGGAUCUCAACAGGCAGAGGCGGCCUACCCUUCACCAGAGAGCAGUGGAGAGGAAUCUCGGCCAAGGCGGGGUGGCAGAAGCGUUUUGGCAGGUAGAGUGGGUCGAGGCAGAGACGGCAAUACGGCGGAUGCUGCAGCGCACGAGUACAGUCCUGGUCGAACAAGGUGACAGGUUCGUCGAGGCCGAAAGCUGGGACAUAAGCCCGGCAGAGGUAACGCGUCGUCUGACGCUCUUAGCCCGAAUGGUGACGCAGACGUUCUGCAACUUGGCGGCCCGCAACAGCAGCAUCAGUCGCGACGUGGCCGAUCUGACCGUCCAUUACUGCCGCGACGCCCUGGCCAACCUGGAAGAAGUCCGCCAUGGAAACGAGGAACGGCGGCGCCAAGCUGAAACGGCGGCCAGGUUUCGCGAGCAGGUGGACACGAGACUCUCCAACUUGCGGGAGAGUAUCGUAAGGGUGAGUGAUCAGGUUCGCCAGUCGGGAGGGGGGAUGGCGGAGGGCACGUUAAAGGGGGUGGAAGGGAGGUUGAGAGAGGUUCUGAGAGAAGACUCUGAGCGGCAGAACAGGGAUAGACUGCAGGACGAGGAGCGGAGGCAGAAGGCCACGAGGAAGGAAGCAGACGCCGCAGAGAGACGGAAGAAGGAACAACAGCAGGAGGAAGAGCGUCGGCAGAAGGAGAUGAGAGAGGGAAUGAAGGAGAUGAAGGAGGCGAUGAUGAAGGAGAUGAAGGCAGAAAUGAAGGAGAUGAAGGAUGGGAUGGUAAACCAGAUUGUGGGGAGGUUGAGCGCGGUUUUGCGAGAAGAAUCCGAGCGGCAGAAGAAGGCGAGGCAAGAGGACGCGGAGCGGCAACAACAGCAGGACGCGAAGAGGAAACAAGUGGCGGACGACGAGGAGAGACAGAAGAAGAAACAACUGGACGAGCAAUGGCGGAAGGAGGAGGAGGAGAAGAGGAAGGAUGUAGAGGCCACAGAGCGGCGGAGGAAGAAGAAACAUCAGGAGGAAGAGCGACGGCAGAAGGAGGUGGAGGCGGGAAUGAAGGAAGUGAUGGAGGCUGUGAAGGAGAUGAAGACGGGGAUGAAGGGGUGGAAGGAGGGGAUGCUAAGUGAGGUGGAAAAGCGGCUGUCAUUAGUUCUGAGAUUGGACGCAGAGCGGCGGCAAAAGGAGGAGCAGGGUAGGAAGGCAACGGAGGGAGAUCGGCGACAGAAGGAGGAUGAGCAGAGGAAGGAGGCUGAGGAGGACGAUCGGGAGGAAAGGGAGAAACAACAGGAGAAGGAGCACCAGCAAAAUGAGGAGGCGCAGAGGAAGGAGGCAGAGGAAGCAGAGCGGGUGGAGAGGGAAAAACAGCAGGAGAUGGCGCGCCUGCAGAAGGAGGAGGCGCAGCGGAAAGAUGCAGAGGAGGCCGAGAGGCAGGAGAGGGAGAAACAGCAGGAGAUGGCGCGCCUGCAGAAGGAGGAGAGGCAGAGGAAGGAGGCAGAGGAGGUAGAGCGGCAGCAGAGGGCGAAACAGCAGGAAUUGGACCGCCUGCAGAAGGAGGAGGCGCAGAAGAAGGAGGCAGAGGAGGCCGAGCGGCAGCAGCGGGCGAAACAGCAGGAGAUGGAGCGCCUGCAGAAGGAGGAGGCGCAGAAGAAGGAGGCAGAGGAGGCCGAGCGGCGGCAGAGGGCGAAACAGCAGGAGAUGGAGCGCAUGCAGAAGGCGGAGCAGUGCCGAGCAGAGAAGACGGCCAGACUUGCAUCCUACGCGGAACAGCAGCGGCAACUGGAGGCAAAGGCAAAGGCGAUGGCUGAAGAGACGGAACGAUUGGCAAGGGAGAUGGAAGAGGAGGAUUUGACCAUGCAGGGGGAGGGGACCUGGAAGGGAGUCGAGGAGGAAAUAGCUGAGGGCCUGGGGAGUUUGAUGUUGAUUGAGAGCGGGGAGGCGAAUGUAGCAGAGGGCGUGGCUAUUGUUCCCGGACAGAACGUAGAGGUGUCCAGGAGGUGGCCUAGACAGGAGGAUAGGGAGCCGGAGGGUCAUGCGGCUAAGAGACGGCGUGCAGCUGGUAUACAGGAAUUCUCACUCAUUCAAACCAACACGGCUCUUCGGCAGCAGCAGGGGGAUGGCUUUCAGGUAGCUGCCUGCGCUGGUGUCGGAAUAACUGCGUGGCAGAAGAUGGUGGGAGGCGUGGAGGGUGAAAACGGCUAUUCGACGGAAGAACACGCAGUCGGACUUGCCGCCACAUUGUUUGUAAUGUGGGCCGCAUCCACGAAUGUGGACCAGACCCAGUGGGAGACGGGCGCAACAUCAGCUGCACGUGGAACUUCUACGGCCAUAGCAUCUUCUGCUGCCAGAUCGUCCACUGCUGCCACCGCCUCGUCGGCUGCCUCGUCAUCUUCUGCGGCCGAUGUGUCCUCUGCCGUCCUCGAUGCCCUUGCGACGCUUGCAGCCUCGGUUGCUUGCGUUGCGGUUGAGGCAAUGAGGUCGGUCAAGGAUCAGGAGCAUGACAAGGAAGCGUGGAUUCUGCCCCUGUCGGAUGCGCUGCUGAAAGCGCUUCCGGCAGAGUCGCGAGCGGCCGGGGAUACGAAGCGGAUGACAAGGGUGGUGGCAAAGGUGGUGACCUCUUGGUGCCUAUGCAGCAUGGCAUCAAGAGGCCUUCGCCAGCACCAGGGCGUCUGCCUCGGAGUCCUGCAGAAGAAGUUGGGCGGCCGGGAUACCACAACAGGGGCGGAUAAGGAGAAGAAAACCAAGAAAUCGUCCGCGAAGGGGAACGCGACGAAGGAUGCGUCGACGGAGGAGAACACCGGCACUGGCGGCCAGGAGUGA